UUUUAAUAAUAAAAUUAUUUUGAUUGAAGAAUAAUUGAAUAACGAAUUCAUAAAUCUAAUACAAUUCUCAUUUCUCAUUGGAGGAAAUUCAAUUGUUUUGCUUAGACUAUACUUCAAAACAGUCGGGCAUGGUAAAUAUAUAAGUAAGUCUGUAUAAGCUUUACUAUAUAUAACGAUUCCACUAUUUUUAACAACUAAUUUGAAUUGUAUGAAUUUGAUAGUUUUAAUAGUUAUAUUAAACAAUUGAAAAUCAAAUUUGUUUUUAAGUUACACUAUGGCUGAAGAAAUAAAAUUGGCAUCAUUUGUUGACCAUUGUGAUUUUGAAGUGUCUGGAACUAUAUUUAAAAGUGCAGUUGCCCUCGGAGAUGUGGAUAAUGAUAAUGAUGUAGAACUAGUUGUUGGCAACAUGGAGGGUAGUGUGUACAUUUUUAAAAACCGACAACAAAUUCAAAAAAUAUCUGGAUUAGGUAUUAUAACCGGUUUAGCAAUUGGAGAUUUAAUGAAUUGUGGUAGUAAUACUUUAGUUGUGGUGUCUGGUGAUGGCUGGUGUCAUAUUUAUUUAUGUUUAAAUUUAAAUAAAUCAGAUUCAAGCAAUGAAUGUACUGCAAAACUCGAAUCUGUACAUAUUCAGCGAAUUCCAGCAAACACUAAAGUAAAUAGUUUUCUCUAUUGGAUAAAUAAAAAAAUAAAAAGUGAAUUUUACCUAAUAAUUCUAGGUGAUUUUACUAGGUGAUAUUGAUGCAGAUGGAUUAAUUGAAUUAGUUGUUGGUUUAACGGAUAGAGUGGUACGGACUUAUCGUUGGAGUCAGAAUGCAACUUCUGGACGACUUGUGCCAUUACAUAAAUGGGAAUGCAUUGAUCAAAUUGGUUCAAUAAUAUUAACCAAGGAUAGUGAAGAUCGACCGUGUUUACUUGUUUCUCAGCCAGGACUCACUGCAUUGUGUAUUUAUUGUCCCAUAGCAUUUCCAGAAUUAAGGUAAGGCAUUAAAAAAUACAUAAAUUGUUAAAUUGUUUUUUUUUUUUUUUAUUACAGUGAAAAAACAAUAGUUUAUGAACAAUCCACUGAACUACGUGAUAUUUAUAUAUCUUCAGAGAUGGUAGGAGAUCUCAGUGUAUCUAGGAAUAGUGAACAACGUCGUGUUAAUACUGUUAGUGAUUUAUAUGCGAUUUCUACUUUAGAUGGUUUAUUAAUGUUGGCCCAAGGAGAGACAAUUUUAAGGUACAAUUUUUUUUUUAAACAUAAAUAUAAUAUAAAUACGAUAGUGUUAUGUAAUAUUUGUUUGAUUUUUAAGAACUGUAAAACUUGAUCAAGAAGUUUUUAGUAUAAAUAAGUUGCCUGUAGGCAAUGGUAGACCUGAUUACAUAAUAACUUGUGCAUGGAACGGAGAAAUCUUAAUAGUGGAUCAAAAAUGUGAAGUUCUUGCAACAUUUAAACUUGGAGAACCUAUUACUGCCUUUUGUUCUGGAAUGUAUACAGUAAAACCAAACACAAAACCAGUUUACUGUUUGGUUUUUAUAACUGUUAAAAAUAAAGUAUGUUCAUUUUUUUAAAUUAUAUUUGAUUUGUAAUGAAUAAUUUUCAGAUCUGCGUCUUUCAUGAGCUUAAAGAAAUUAAAUACUUAUUAUUAUAUAGGUGUAUAAAAUCCUCGUAUUAUACAAUAUCUAUAUUUUACUCUUUAGGUUCAUGUUUAUUUCAAUAUGAAAUUGCCCAAUACAUGUACUGAGAGCUUAUCAAACUGUAUUAAACAAGAGAAACAGCUUUCGGAAAUGAUUAACUUAUUUGAUGGACCAAUGAAAAAGAAAUUAAUUAAUGCCUGUCUUUACCACUAUAAUUUUAAUAAUAAAUAGUUAAUAAUUUGUAACUUUUUAUACCAUGGUUUUAAAAGACUAUACAAUUUAUUUUUAAAUAUUAUUUAAUAAUAUCAAUUUGACACUAUAAUAUAUACCGUAAAAUCAAAAAACUGCUUCAAAUUGUUUACUCUCAAAGUUUUAACAUCUACUGUAACUUCAAUAAUAAAGAUAUAAACUAGUUAUAUUAGUUAUAAGU